GUUCAAACAAGUAGUUUGCUUCUAUCAUCCUGGCGAUUGAAAAUGCGCGAAAUCGUCCACAUCCAAGCUGGACAGUGCGGAAACCAAAUUGGUUCAAAGUUUUGGGAAGUCAUAUCGGACGAACAUGGUGUCGAUCCGACGGGAAAGUACCAUGGUGACUCGCCUCUACAGUUAGAACGCAUUAACGUCUACUUCAAUGAAGCUAGUGGAGGUAACUACGUACCGAGAGCGAUUCUCGUGGAUCUAGAGCCUGGAACCAUGGAUAGUGUGAGAGCAGGACCAUUCGGCAAACUGUUUCGUCCGGACAAUUUCGUGUUCGGUCAAAGUGGAGCUGGAAACAAUUGGGCCAAAGGGCAUUACACUGAAGGCGCAGAGUUGGUGGACAAUGUAUUGGAUGUUGUGCGCAAGGAAGCCGAAUCCACAGAUUCAUUGCAAGGAUUCCAGCUUACCCAUUCUCUGGGUGGUGGGACAGGGUCGGGUAUGGGGACGCUGCUGAUAUCGAAGAUUCGCGAAGAGUAUCCAGAUCGAAUAAUGAGCACCUUUUCUGUUGUACCCUCACCAAAGGUAUCUGAUACGGUCGUCGAACCCUACAACGCCACACUGUCUGUUCAUCAGCUGGUUGAAAACACGGAUGAGACAUUCUGCAUUGACAACGAAGCCUUGUAUGAUAUUUGUUUCCGUACAUUGAAACUGACGAAUCCAACGUAUGGUGACCUAAACCAUCUGGUCAGUGCAACAAUGUCCGGGGUCACGACUUGUCUACGAUUCCCUGGACAACUCAAUGCCGAUUUACGGAAACUGGCAGUCAAUAUGGUUCCGUUCCCCCGAUUGCACUUUUUCAUGCCUGGAUUCGCUCCGCUCACCAGCCGUGGAAGUCAGCAAUAUCGAGCACUAACUGUCGCGGAACUCACUCAGCAAAUGUUUGAUGCAAAGAACAUGAUGGCAGCCUGUGAUCCGCGUCACGGUCGAUAUUUGACCGUUGCUGCCAUGUUCCGCGGGCCAAUGUCUAUGAAAGAGGUUGACGAACAAAUGCUCAACGUACAAAAUAAAAACUCCAGCUUUUUCGUGGAGUGGAUUCCGAACAAUGUGAAAACCGCGGUUUGUGAUAUUCCACCUCGUGGUUUGAAAAUGUCCUCUACGUUCAUCGGAAACAGUACUGCCAUUCAGGAACUAUUCCGACGAAUUUCUGAACAAUUCACGCGUAUGUUUAAGGUGAAAGCCUUUUUGCAUUGGUACACUGGAGAAGGAAUGGACGAGAUGGAGUUCACUGAGGCCGAUGAACAAUUCACGCGUAUGUUUAAGGUGAAAGCCUUUUUGGCAUUGGUACCUGGAGAAGGAAUGGACGAGAUGGAGUUCACUGAGGCCGAAUCUAACAUGAACGAUUUGGUCAGCGAAUACCAACAGUACCAGGAAGCCACAGCGGAUGAUGGUGGCGAAUUCGAAGAGGAUGAGGAAGAAUUAGCUUAAGAAUUAUACGGUUCAGUCCUUUGAUCAAUAACUUAUAUUGAUUUUUUCGGGAAAAAACUCCUUCCUUUCGGCGUGAUAACACCACUUUGAGUAUUUCGGUUCAUGAAUGACUGCAACUAAUAAAGCUGCCUGUUUUACAAAUGUUAUGCGUGGCCUAAUUUGUUUUUACGAUGUGUUUUAUUAUGUUAGUAAGUUGUUCCCUAACGUUUGCGAACUAAAUCAGAAUUACCAGUCAUCCAAUCAAAGAGAAGAAGCAGAAUGGAGAUCUUGUCCUUAUUUUAACUAAUAAACAUUAAAAAUUUCAGUAACAUUGAUAACAUUGAUGGACACUAUUAACAACGAUUGAGGAAACCGCUGCCAUUUAUGAAGGUUUUGGCCUUAAAUCUAGCUGGGAUUGACAUAGCUUGUCACUUUCUGCUCACUGUAGUAAACAGUUCACUGAUAAAAAGCCG